AUGGUCGGUUGGGCUAUUGCUGUUCACGGCGGCGCUGGUGUGGAUCCUAAUCUACCACCACAGCGUCAAGAAGAAGCCAAACAGCUUCUUACUCAUUGUCUCAAUCUUGGCAUCUCCGCUCUCCGUUCCAAUGCCUCCGCCCUCGAUGUCGUUGAACUUGUCGUGAGACAAUUGGAAACGGAUCCUUUGUUCAAUUCUGGCCGUGGAUCUGCUCUCACGGCAAAAGGAACGGUGGAGAUGGAGGCUAGUAUCAUGGACGGUGCCAAGAGAAGAUGCGGUGCUGUUUCUGGUGUCUCUACCGUGAAAAACCCUAUCUCCCUUGCUCGUCUUGUUAUGGAGAAAUCACCUCAUUCAUAUCUGGCCUUUUCUGGCGCCGAAGAAUUCGCCAGACAACAUGGUUUGGAGGUUACAGAAAAUGAAUACUUCAUCACCCCUGAUAAUGUUGGUAUGCUGAAACUUGCAAAAGAAGCAAAUGCAAUUCUGUUUGACUAUCGAAUUCCGACCUCCGCUGGAAAAUGUGCAGGAGUUGAAAGUCCAGUGAAGAUGAACGGUCUGCCGAUAAGCGUUUAUGCGCCGGAGACGGUCGGAUGUGUGGUGGUGGAUAGUGAAGGAAGGUGUGCUGCAGCCACAUCGACCGGUGGUUUAAUGAACAAAAUGAGUGGUCGAAUUGGUGACUCGCCAAUCAUAGGUGCUGGAACAUAUGCAUGUGAAUUAUGUGGAGUUUCUUGCACUGGUGAAGGUGAAGCAAUCAUACGUAGUACUCUUGCACGUGAAGUUGGUGCAGUUAUGGAGUAUAAAGGUUAUAGGCUUCAAGAGGCUGUGGAUUAUGUGAUAAAACAUCGUCUUGAUGAAGGAUUUGCUGGUCUUAUUGCUGUGUCUAAUAAGGGUGAAGUGGCUUUUGGUCAUAACUGUAAUGGAAUGUUUCGGGGUUGUGCUACUGAAAAGGGAUUUAUGGAGGUAGGAAUCUGGGAUUAG